AUGUUUCCAAGUCCCAUUGAUAUACCCUCCCUCUUUCUCACCUACAUCCCCCUUCUCCUCACAACAUACAUCUUCCUCUGGACCCUCUACACCCUAAGUCUUCACCCAUUAUCUCGCAUUCCCGGUCCCCUCUGGCCCCGCUUAUCGCGAACAUGGCUCAUGUACCACCACUACGCCGGUGACAUAGACAUCGCAACGCGGGCCCUGCACGCGCGGUACGGCCCUAUUGUACGUAUAGCACCAGAUGAAGUCACAGUCGCGGAUCCAAGCGCGCUGCCCCUCAUCUACCCUGUUCAAAAAGCCUUGCAAAAAACGGAUUGGUAUAUACCGUGGCGACCAAAGGGACUGGGCUCGCAGCCGGAUUUGUUUACGCAGACGGAUGAGAUGGCGCAUGCAGCGUAUAGGCGGAUCGUAGGGGGUAUUUAUUCGCUUUCUAGUAUGUUGAAGAGUGAAGCGGGGUUAGAUGAGAUGCUGGAGCUUUUUAUGCAGAGGUUGGGAGGGUUUGCGGAGAGUGGAGAGGCGUUUGAUUUUGGUCUUUGGCUGGAGAUGUACUCGUUUGAUAACAUUGGAGUGGCAUUCUUCGGCCAAGCGUUUGGUUUUGUCCGUGAUAGCGUUGACUACAACGGCUACAUUCAUGCCGUACAUCUCGCAAUGCCUUUUCUUACCCUCUUGACGGUGACGCCAUAUUAUGUACGGCCUUUCCUACUUCUUGUUGCUGUUUGCAUCCCGAAACUGCUCAGGGCUGUACUGGCGGUGGAGGAUAUCAAGAAGACGGCGAUCAAAGAGACCAAGAUGGCGACUGAGCGGUCUCUCGAGGUGACGGGAAAGCGGCCUGAUGUAGUCUCUCAGCUCUUGUCAAUUUUGCAAGAAAAGGGUAGUAAGGUAAACUACUCCCACAAGGAAAUCACGUCGGACAUGUGGGUAGGGAUCAUGGCCGGCGCGGACAGCAUAUCGAUAAACAUGCGCUCGGUAAUUUAUUUCCUGAUGAAGAAUCCUGAGAAGCUCGAGAAAGCGCGUGCAGAAGUCGAUGCAGCUUUUGAGGAUGGCAGCCUUUCAUCGCCCGUGCAAUAUAGUCAGGCAUCCACACUCCCGUACUUGACAGCAGUAGUGAAGGAAGCCGGGCGGUUAUUCCCCGCGUUCUCAGUGUCGAUGCCUCGGUAUGCGCCCAGUCAGGGUCUCACACUUUGUGACAAAUACAUCCCGGGGGGUUAUACUGUGGGUAUGAAUCCAGCAAUUGUCCAACAUGACACUGGUAUUUUUGGAGAGGACGCACUCGAGUUUAAGCCCGAGCGAUGGCUGGAGAGCGAAGAACGCACACGGGCAAUGGACAGGGCAAUCCUAGCAUGGGGGGCUGGUACGCGGACGUGUGUUGGCAAACCUCUUGCCUUGACACAGAUCUACAAAGUAACUGCAGAGACAUUGCGCCGAUUUACUUUUGAAAUGGCACACAACCGGCCAUGGAAGGUUCACAACUGCUCCUUCAAUGUGCAGACGGAUGUGGUGUGCAGAUUCAAGAGGAGAGACUUGAGCGCCACAUAG